AUGGCAGCGGCACGCGGCGGCGGAUCGGCGGCGAGGGUCGGCGACUGGGACGUCGAGCUCGGGCCCGGCUGGGACUGGCGCUCCAUCCCGCAGCUGCUCUCCUCCGCCUGCAUCUUCAUCUGCUCCGGAGGCUGUUUUGGAUGCUGUGAGAAGGCCGCAAAACACGUAGGCGAUCUUUCCAAGAGCUUAAUGGCCCAUGCCCAGAAUCCCACGGUGGCAGAGGAAUUUUGGAGUACGACCACCAUCGAGGUUGAUCCGGCAGACCUACGAGCACCAUACAACACAUCCUCUUGGGACCUUGAUCUGCAUGGAGUGGGAAGCAGCCAUAACCUGGGCGACUCUGCUAAUCAUGGUUUUUCUCUUUGGCAACAAACUAGGGAUGAGUGGACUGAGAAUACAAGGUUAAGGCAAGAACCUGUGGUGAAGCAGAUCCAGGAACCAGUGUUGAGUUGGAAUGCAGCGUAUGAAAGUUUGCUUGGAUCAAAUAAACCAUUCCCUCAGCCCAUCCCUCUACAUGAGAUGGUUGAUUUCCUCGUGGACAUCUGGGAGCAAGAGGGACUGUAUGACUAG